AUGCCACCAAAGAAGGAAAGAAAAGCAAAAAUUGAAACCGCAUACUACGGUCCAAGAAAGGGUGAAAACGAACUUGUUUUCGGUGUUGCUCACCUCUAUGCUUCUUUCAACAACACUUUUGUUCACGUUACUGACUUGUCUGGCCAAGAAACCAUCGUCAAAGUUACUGGUGGUAUGAAGGUCAAGGCUGACAGAGAUGAAGCUUCUCCAUAUGCUGCUAUGCUUGCUGCUCAAGAUGUUGUUGUCAGAUGCAAGGAUUUGGGUAUCAAUGCUCUCCACAUUAAACUCAGAGCUACAGGAGGUGUCCUCACAAAGACUCCAGGUCCUGGUGCUCAAUCUGCUUUGAGAGCUUUGGCUCGUGCAGGUGUCAAGAUUGGAAGAAUCGAAGAUGUUACUCCAAUUCCACACGAUUCCACAAGAAGAAAGGGUGGUAGACGUGGUCGUAGAUUGUAA